UGUGAGAGGUGAGAACGGCGGCCGGGGAGGGACACACGACCCGCCGUCCUCCUAUUAACGAAACGCGAUGUGUCUUCCUGGAUGGUUUUCAGUGUUUUAACUAGUUAGCAUUUAGAUAACUUUUUAUCCAUUAAAAUGGGAAUCACGAAAUUAGCAGAUUUGAUUCGUGGUGACGCUCCAGGUUCGAUAACUUACAAAGAAAUCGGAGAUUACACUGGGAAAAUAAUUGCACUUGACACCUCCAUUAUUGUGAACCAGUUCCGUUCAGCAGUUCCUAAUCUGAAUUUAAGCUUGUUAGGCGUGUUCUACCGCACGCUGACGUUCCUGGAGCACGACAUCAAGCCGGUGUUUGUGUUCGAUGGAGAUCCUCCUGAGCAGAAGAGAGCUGUGCUGGAGAAAAGAGCGCAAAGUGCAGGCUGGAGCAGCGCACAACGUUCUCACACCGUGUCCUCUAAAACCCGGGAAGUCCUCCGUCUCCUCCAGCUCCUGGGUGUUCCUUGUGUCCAGGCUCCCGGUGAUGCCGAGGCGUUUUGCGCUCAGCUGGUCAGAAGUGGUGCGGUGGAUGCCGUGGCCUCAGAGGACAUGGACACGCUGGCGUUCGGAGGGACGGUUCUCCUUCGCCAGCUCAAUGCGAAGAGAGUCAGCGAGGUGACGGAGUACUCUCUGCCGAAGUUACUGGAAAUCCUGCAGCUGACACAGAAAGAGUUUGUGGAUCUGUGUAUUUUACUGGGAUGUGAUUAUUGUGAUAAGAUCGCGGGUUUGGGGCCGAGUCGAGCGCUGAAGCUCAUCCAGCAGCAUCGCACGAUAGAGGACGUGAUGCUCAACAUCAACAGAAAGACACACCCAGUCCCUGUAGGUUGGCAGUACCAGGCUGCGCGGCGUUUGUUCCUGGACUCGCCCGGCUCCGAGCCGCCGCCUCUGCAGUGGAGCGAGCCGAACGAGAAGGAGCUGGUGAACUUCCUGUGUCAGGAGAAACACCUCAGGGAGGAGAAGGUGCGAAGGAGGAUGGAGACGUUCCGGCAGAAUCUCGCCCACAGGAGGAAGGAGAGAGAGGAGAAAAAAAAGGGAGGAGGCAGACAGACGAGUCUGGACGAAUUCUUUCGUGUGACACGGAAAAGACGGUCUGCAGAAGCAGGAGGAUCCACAGGCAGAAAGCAACCGAAGACUAAAUGAUGCUCCUUUUAUUUAUUUAUUUUUUUAAAGCUUUAAUGACGGAGAGAAGUCGUCGAUUAUUUCAGUCUGAUUCCUGUUUUAUUGUUUUAUUUUUAUUUUAUCUGUAAUUAUGUUGUACAUUUAAGUGGCUUGAAUUAGCUGAUUAUUCAUUUUUUAUGAACAAUGCGAUCAUGUAAAAGACACUACGUUUUAUAAGUUUAUUGUUUUUUUUUAUUUCCAAAGCUUCGUUCUUAAAAUACAAUAUUUCUGUUUUAA